GUACUGUCACCCACAUGUACAAAUCAGAACCGCUCUUUCUCCACACCUGUCCACCAGUGAGUGGUUCCAACCUAUUGCCCGCCAGAUUCUCCUUCCUCUUAUAUAAUAGAGUCCAAAGACUUGCGUCGCUUCACCAUUUCAUCACGCAGGCGUCCUAAAAAACAAACCAAUUUAGCACCGCCACCACCGCGCACAAUUCAACAACCUCACUGUUGAGAAAAUAUGUCGCGGGAAUCAGAUACCUCCGGCAUCAAUUUAAAGGAAACAGAAUUGACCUUAGCCUUGCCCGGUGUGUCUCGAGCAUCAACAGAGAUUACUAACGGAGGGAAAACAGGGACUAAACGUGGAUUUUUGGAUACCGUUGAUCUAAAUCUUGUUAGCUCUCGAUCUCCUACCGAUAAAGAUUGUACUGAGUCGGAGAACCAUGUCUCGAGCGUGGCGAAGCCUCCGGCAGCAAAGGAACAAGUGGUAGGGUGGCCGCCAGUGAGAUCAUAUAGAAAGAACGCCAUGAAAAGCUGUAAAUAUGUGAAGGUGGCGGUGGACGGAGCCCCAUACUUAAGGAAGGUUGAUCUUGAGAUUUACAAUAGCUAUCAGCAGCUCUUGAGUGCCUUAGAGGACAUGUUCUCUUGCUUCACCAUACGGAAUUAUUUGAAUGAGAUGAAAAUAGUGAACGGAGUGGAAUACGUAGCUACUUAUGAGGAUAAAGAUGGUGACUGGAUGAUGGUUGGGGAUGUACCAUGGAAAAUGUUUGUUGAAUCAUGUAAGCGACUAAGGUUGAUGAAAAGCUCAGAAGCAAUUGGAUUAGCUCCAAGGACGCCUUCAAAAUGCUCAAGCACAAGUGAGUGAGGCCUUGGAAUGAAACAAGUGGUGCACAGGGGCUUUUUCGGUGUAGAGGUUUUAAGUAGAAACAGAGAAAUAAGAGAGAGGCCUGCUUGUAGUUUUCUCCAUGUCACAUUACGUUAGUGCAACUGAAUUGAUGUUAGUGGGCCUUUCUCUCCAUUUUCAGCCUUUUGCCAUACUUGCUGAGUACCAAAAAAAAAUUUGAAAAUCCAGUCUUCUCCUUUUUCCCCCAACACAAGUUUUUCUGUUAACCAAGAUUGUAUGUGCAUACUUAAAUUGAAUAAUAUUGAUGAAUAAUUAUUAAACUCAA